AUGGCAUCCAUCCAGGCAACACCUGCCCGACCCCGCAGGUUCGCUCCAUUGAGACAGGAUGCAGAUACGAGUGAUGCGCCGAAAUUGAAGGGCAUUGUUUUUGAUGUCGAUGGAACAUUAUGCCUUCCGCAACAUUACAUGUUCCCACAGAUGCGAUCCGCUUUAGGAAUCGAUCAAAAGACCGAUAUCCUAGAACACAUUCGCAAUCUCCCCAAUGAACAGGCCCGUACCGAAGCUGUCGCAAAAGUGCAGGCAAUCGAGCGCGAGGCAAUGCUUGCACAGCAGCCUCAGCCGGGCCUUGUCACAUUAAUGAAUUAUCUCGAGAAGAAGGGGAUCCGUCGUGCUUUAUGCACGAGAAAUUUCGAAGCACCUGUAACACAUCUCUUACAAAAUCAUCUUCCGAAUCACAUCUUUGAGCCGAUUGUGACGCGCGAUACGCCUGACCUUCUGCCCAAACCAGAGCCUUCUGGGCUACUGCAUAUUGCAGAGCAAUGGGGCUUGAGCAAUCGUGCAGAUAGUAUGAUUAUGGUCGGAGAUAGCAUUGACGAUAUGACUGCCGGACAUACUGCCGGUGCAGCAACUGUACUCCUUGCAAACGAACGCAAUACGCAUUUGAAAGAGCAUGUGCACACCGAUAUCUGUAUUUCAAGACUCGAUGAACUCGUUGAUAUCCUGGAAAAUGGGUUCGUGGGUGAUAAUUGUGCUGUUUCCGGCAGCACGUAA